GUCUUGAAGUGUAGGGUGAAGGUUUCUCUUCACGGUGCAUGGACGGAAAGCCAAUGCGCAGGUUGAUAGUGGUGAAGACUUGUUUUAUCUUUUUCCUGUUUGGUUUGAUGUGGUUUCGCCUGCCUUCCGCCAUUCCUGGGGAAGAUUAACCUUCUUUUGACACGUGCCAGGGAGGGUGGAUUGAGUCAGGAGCCUCCAUAACUCAAAAAUAAUUGAAGAGGUGAUGAUUAAAAUGGGUGUUCUGUGAACCUGAAAGAUGCUCAUGGUAGUCUGCAGGCCAUCUCGAGCUCCUGAAGUCUAUGUGACACUUCAGUGUGUUCAGACACUACAGUGAUGAGUGACCCCAUUAAAAACUCAGGUAGAAGAGCGGGGAAGUUUGGUUAAAUCACAGAGCUGGAGCUCUUUGCAAUGGGAAUCCAUCUCCAGCUCUGUCAAAGAAAACUCCAGCGCUUGACAGUGGGUGUGCCAGCACUCGCCCAGGAGAGACCGGAAUGGACGUGACCAGCCGCUGCACCCUCGGAGACCCCAACAAGCUGCCCGAAGGGGUGCCGCAGCCCGCGCGCAUGCCCUACAUCUCCGACAAGCACCCCCGGCAGACCCUGGAGGUCAUCAACCUGCUGCGGAAGCACCGGGAGCUCUGCGAUGUGGUGCUCGUAGUGGGGGCCAAGAAGAUCUACGCCCACAGGGUGAUCCUGUCGGCCUGCAGCCCCUACUUCCGAGCCAUGUUCACCGGGGAGCUGGCGGAGUCGCGGCAGACGGAGGUCGUGAUCAGGGACAUCGACGAGCGGGCCAUGGAGCUGCUCAUCGACUUCGCCUACACCUCGCAGAUCACUGUGGAAGAGGGAAAUGUCCAGACCUUGUUGCCAGCUGCUUGCCUUCUCCAGCUGGCCGAGAUCCAGGAGGCCUGCUGUGAGUUCCUCAAGAGACAGUUGGACCCUUCCAAUUGCCUGGGUAUCCGGGCUUUUGCUGACACUCACUCGUGCCGUGAACUGCUGAGGAUUGCCGACAAAUUCACACAGCACAACUUCCAGGAGGUGAUGGAGAGCGAGGAGUUCAUGCUGCUUCCUGCCAACCAGCUCAUAGACAUCAUAUCCAGUGACGAGUUAAAUGUGCGCAGCGAAGAGCAGGUGUUCAACGCCGUGAUGGCCUGGGUGAAGUACAGCAUCCAGGAGAGAAGACCCCAGCUGCCACAGGUCCUGCAGCACGUCCGCCUGCCCCUGCUGAGUCCCAAGUUUCUUGUGGGUACAGUGGGUUCUGAUCCACUCAUUAAGAGCGAUGAGGAAUGCAGGGAUCUGGUGGAUGAAGCCAAGAACUACCUGCUGCUGCCCCAAGAGCGGCCGCUGAUGCAGGGACCGCGAACGAGGCCGCGCAAACCCAUCCGCUGUGGAGAGGUGCUGUUUGCAGUGGGGGGCUGGUGCAGCGGGGACGCGAUUUCCAGCGUGGAGCGCUACGACCCCCAGACCAACGAGUGGAGGAUGGUGGCUUCCAUGAGCAAGAGGCGCUGUGGCGUCGGGGUCAGCGUCCUGGACGACCUCCUCUAUGCUGUGGGAGGCCACGACGGCUCCUCUUAUCUUAACAGUGUGGAAAGGUAUGAUCCAAAGACCAAUCAGUGGAGCAGUGAUGUGGCUCCCACCAGCACCUGCAGGACCAGUGUUGGAGUAGCAGUUCUUGGAGGUUACCUCUAUGCUGUGGGUGGCCAGGAUGGUGUCUCUUGUCUCAACAUUGUGGAGAGGUAUGAUCCCAAAGAAAACAAAUGGACUCGAGUGGCUUCCAUGAGCACCAGGCGCCUGGGAGUGGCGGUGGCUGUGCUGGGAGGCUUCCUCUAUGCUGUGGGAGGCUCUGAUGGAACAUCUCCUCUCAAUACUGUGGAACGCUACAACCCCCAGGAGAACCGCUGGCACACGAUAGCCCCCAUGGGCACGAGGAGGAAGCACCUGGGCUGUGCUGUGUACCAGGACAUGAUCUACGCCGUGGGAGGCAGGGAUGACACCACGGAGCUCAGCAGUGCCGAGAGGUACAACCCACGCACCAACCAGUGGUCUCCCGUGGUGGCCAUGACGUCCCGGCGGAGCGGGGUUGGCCUGGCUGUGGUGAAUGGACAGCUGAUGGCAGUGGGGGGCUUUGAUGGCACAACGUACCUGAAGACCAUUGAGGUGUUUGAUCCAGACGCUAACACGUGGAGGUUGUACGGCGGGAUGAACUACCGGCGGCUGGGCGGAGGCGUGGGGGUUAUCAAAAUGACACACUGUGAAUCUCAUAUAUGCUCUAGUAUGCACGGUCUAGAUCCAAUGUAACUCUUUGCCGGUGAACUCUUUCUAUGGAAUUAUAAAAAUUGACUUCUGUGAGAGUGUGCCCAGCGGGAGACCACGUUGUCAGACUCCAGGGAACCACUGGACAAAAGUAGAAGUGUUGCUUAUGUCCGUAUUUUUUCUAAAUAGUUCUACAUUUUUUGAAUAAACCAAACUGUAACAGUUAUUGUAGCGUAAAGGAUGCUGAAGUAGAGCCUACACUCUGUACUGGGAGUCUGGCCAGGAGGAGGGAUUCCUGCUUUCCCUCCUGCUGUGGGAGCAGUGGAUAUGGCAGCUGUUUGGUGGGUGAAAGAGAAAAAGUGAUACAGAAAACAUUGCUUUUGCCUUAUUUACAGAGAGCUUCAAAAAAAAAAAAGUACUUGACCUGCAAGGUGCCACCUUUGCACAGAAGCUUUUCUGUGCACAGAAUAUAUUUAUUUUUUCAUUUGAUUUGUAUCAUGUAUUUUCUUUGUAUCGCUCACAGUGAUGAUUCCAGCUUUUUAUAUACAUCUCUGUGUGUGCAUAUAUAUAUAUAUGUAUUUCAUAUAUGUAUAUAUAUAUAUAUAUGUAUAUGUGUGACUUGCAUUUCGACCAGCUGGUGGUUUAGGCAGGGCUGUGUCCUGCCAGCUACUGUGGUUCCAACCCUUGUGGUAUGAUUUGGGGUCUCGUAGAGGACAGGAGAGCUGUGAGGAUGGGUGCUCUGAGUAUCUUUUCAGAACUGGAACUCUCAUCGCUCGACUGAAUCAGUGAAGUACCCCAGAAGGGUGAGAGGAGAAGGAUUUCAAACAAUGCCUUUUUAUUGUACAAAAGUUCAGCUUUUCUCUCCUCUCUCCUGUAUGUGAACCCGUGCUGGUUUGAAGGUGAACCAGCGAGAGGAAUUAACCCCACACAAAUACCCUGUGAGAGAUUUCAAGUCAGAGUUCCCGUUCAAUAGAAAGAUUACAAUAAACACAAUGAAUACAGAAAGACUGGCUUAAAACCAGUACCAGUUAAACAGUGCUUGCAGCCCCCCUUGGAGUGAUGGAUGAGGUCUUGUUAAAAGUGCUGGUCCUGGUCCUUCUCUGGAUGUCCAGUGGUGGUGGUUGUGUCUGAGUCCCCAACCCCCCAGGUCACAGACCCUUAAAAUCUAGGCUGGAAUGUUCAGUCCCCUCCUCCAGGGUGGGGAGUUUCCCAAUGGAAUGACGGAAUCCUAUGAGUCCUAGGAUAUUUUGGGAAGUCCUUGAUGGCUCAUUGGCAGAGAUGACCCGCCCCUUAGGCUGGGUGUAGUUGUCAUUUUGUGAAGACUGGGAGAACACUGCACCCAGCUCCCAGCUGUUACAAACAUUAACAGUUCAUCAGGAAUAAUGCAAGAUGGGUGUGGAAUACAGUUAGGCUACACCCACACGGAUACUUUCUCCUGCAACCAC